GGCACUGUGGUAAAUCCAGAAGACACCCAAAUCCUUGAGCAUUAGAGUCACAUCUAGAUGGGCCACGAAUUAAUUUUUUGUUGAAACUUUUGAGAGAAAUUUCAGUGAGUGACGUUUGAGUCAGUGAUCUUGGAAUUGCUCAUGUGAUACGGAAAAACAGAUAUUUUGGAGUGUUCCAGUGCGAAUCUCAAUCUAAGAAUCUCAACAGAUACCAAAGAAGCGUGAGAGGAUCUAAUGGGACAGACAAAGAGUCAGUUUUCAGAAGAGGAACUUCAAGAUUACGAGGAUCUCACGUUCUUCACGAAGAAAGAGAUAUUGUGUGCUCAUAAGAAGUUCAAAGCUCUGGCCCCGGAGAAAGUGGGUCAUAACAAGAAUGCGAAGCUGUCGAUGCACAAGAUUCUGCAGUACCCAGAAUUACGGGUGAAUCCGUUCGGGGAUCGGAUCUGCAAGGUUUUUAGCUCCAGCAGUGACGGCGAUUGCACGUUCGAGGACUUCCUGGACAUGAUGUCAGUGUUCAGCGACGCAGCUCCGAAGACUGUGAAGGCGGAGCACGCCUUCCGAAUCUUUGACUUCGACGGGGACGAUAUGCUGGGCAUCAGUGAUUUGCGACAAGUCGUGGAGAGGCUAAUUGGCGAGGGAAACACUCUCACGGACAACGAUGUGAAGCUGCUGAUCCAGACGAUUCUCGAUGAGGCCGAUCUGGAUGACGAUGGGGCGCUCUCCUUCGCCGAAUUCGAGCACAUCAUCGACAAAUCAUCAGACUUCUCCAACUCCUUCCGCAUUCGUCUGUAGUCUAGCCAGACGCUCCGAAUCUAGUGAUUUUUUUUUACAAUAUUUAUUACAACAAGUAACAUCUCGAAUAUCUUCCACACAAUGUUCCCACUUUUUGUCAUAGGAUUAAACAUUAUCCAGUAGAA